UCUCAUUGUUUGCGUCACGUGAUAUCAAUUCCACCUUGAACUAUGCACUCUGGCAGGUAGCUGCCGUUACUCAAGCUAACAACACCACCCUCGCCAUCCAUACCGAAUAACCCUCCCUUAAAUCACAAUCCGUCAAAAUGGCCGACGUGGAAAUGGACGUUGAUGUUGAGGCGGGCUCUCCCCCUCCCCCCGCGCGAAACGAAUCCGACAUGCAAACACACACCAAAGCCACAGCCGUCCGCUCCAUCGAAGGCUGGAUCAUCGUCGUAACAAACGUCCACGAAGAAGCAGACGAAGAAGCCCUACAAGAUCUUUUCGGAGAGUACGGCGAGAUAAAGAACAUGCACCUGAAUCUCGACCGAAGAAGCGGUUACGUGAAGGUAAGCGCAGCACGCGAAACAUGGGCGGAUUAGAUUGGAUCGCUGAUACAGUGGUGUUUAGGGAUACGCGCUGAUUGAGUAC